AUGUCGAGCCCGAGGAAGCUGCGCGUCGGCGUUCUCGGAGCCGGCGAAGUCGCCCAAGUGAUACACCUCCCUACGCUCUCGCUCAUGUCCCACCUGUACACGAUCGAAGCCAUCUGCGACAUCUCUCUGAAAAACGCCGAACAUUGCGCCCAUAAGUUCCACAUCCAUCUCGCCACGUCCAAUCAUGAAGAGAUUAUCAACCAUCCUUCUAUCGACCUCGUCUUCAUCCUCACAAGCGAUGAAUAUCAUGAGCCCUUAGCAAUUGCGGCGCUAAAAGCUGGAAAGCACGUCUUCGUUGAGAAGCCCUUGACACUGUCGAUCCCGUCGGCGAAAAGGAUGAUAGCGGCGGAGAAGGAAGCUGGUGGACCGAGGCUGUUUGUUGGGUACAUGCGGCGCUACGCGCCCUCUUUCGUGAACACGUUCAAGCGCGAGAUAGAACAUAUGAACUGGAUUCACUACGCACGCGUCAGAGACUUUAGCGGUCCGAAUAAGUUCUUCGUAGACCAAUCUGGAACGUUUCAGGUCAAGAACACUGAUUUUCCCGCUGGCGCUGCCGAAGAGCGGAAGAAGCUCCUGAACACAAUGUUCGAUGAAGCAUUUGAGGGCAGGGAAGUCACCGAGGAGAAGAAACAAUAUUGCCGAUUCCUCAACAGUCUGGGAAGUCACGACAUAUCGCUGAUGCGGGAAGUGCUUGGGUCACCUGAAAGCGUGGCGGGCGUGUCAGUGCAUCCGCCUUUCUACUCUGCUAUCUUCAACUUCCGAAUGAAGAGGGCCUCCUACCGUGGAGAACCUUUCGCCGUCACGUAUGAGAGUGGUAUUGACACUGUUCCCGAUUUUGACGCGCAUUUAGCUGUGUAUGGAAGCAGGGGCGGCUGGGUCCCCGAUUCCAGGCGAGUCGAGAUCAAGUAUCAAAGUCCCUACGUCAAGGGACUACCAAUUGUGGUCAGGGUUGAUGAACAGGAUUCGAGAACCAAAGAGAUGACGAGCAAAGAGAUAUUGUCAAGCUACGAAGACGCGUACACAGCCGAGCUGCGGGAGUUAUACGAAUGCCUCGUAGAGGGCAAGCAGAUCAAGACGAGCGCCGCGGAUGCGUUGAGGGAUCUUGAGAUCUUUGACAUGAUGUAUAAGAAGUACGAAGAGAUCAAGGCUGGAGCUGAUCAAAGGACUCGCGCGUACUUUGCUGCGAAAGAAUUGAAGCAGCCGAUGAAAUCCGAAUAUUCCGGCGACGAUAUGGAGAUGGAUAGUCGAACCCGUUGA